AUGAUAUUUUUCUUCGUGCUGCUACAUCUUAUCCACUGUUCACUGUUGCCGUCGUAUCAUCAUCGCCUUUUCCAUUCAUCAAUAUUCACUGAGGCAGUGGGGAACCAAAUGCAGUAUGUUAUGUACAUCGAGGAUAACGAGGAACUCGCAGCAAAUGGUCGGCAGCAACUGAUGUCGUUUGUAGAUCCGUGCCACGAGCUACCUGCAAACGGGUCCGAAGACGAACAUAAAAACAAAAUCAAUGAGCACCUAAUACGAUGCGAGGAUGGCGAAAUCCUCGACAGAGCUGGUGAGGGCUACGUUGAGAGACACUGUCAGAACGAAAAGAAAACGUCCGGGCGCUCCUUGUUUCUUCGUCGAAUUUCUUAUACAGAAGAACAAUGUUCGUGUAAAAUACGCUGCGAAGACGGUACGGAGUUCUUCCGCUUUGCCGGAUGUCGUUGCCCUCAUGACGAGUUCGCACUUCCUGAUGCGGGCUGCUUGGAUCCGGACUGUAUUUGGAAACCAGAUAUUAGUCGUGGAUGGACAAUCACUAAUGCCACUGAUAACAAAUGGGAAAGAAUUCGUUCCGAGACGUUUCGAGAGGAAAAAGAUUAUCGCACGAGGAGACCCCACCUGGGACAGUUUGAAGCUGGGCAUUUCACACAGCCAGUUCGACUGAGGAUCGAGUGCCGAUCCGAGGGUGAUGCGCCUACAAUGCAGAACUCAGCGACAACAGAAUGUCAGUUAGGAAAAAUCGUCUGGGAUGAUGAAUGCAUCGCUGGGAGCUCUUCUAUGCCCACUUGCGAGUUGGACUCGAAGCUUUGUGAUCUACCUGGACAUUUGCGUUGCAUGGAUGACCUUCUCUGUGACCUUGCCCCAGACUGCUCAAACGGAAGCGAUGAAGAAUCAUGUGAUGAGCAACCAGCUCACUCAAGGUGUGAUUUCAACGACGAACGAGCGUUUUGUGAUGAUUGGACGAUGUUAACUGUGGAACAAGGGAUUCCAACGGACCACCAUCUGCUCCAAGUGAAACGACCAAUAAAGAACGUCGGACCAAUCCACGAAGCUAGGCCAGGGGGAGGUCCCUUCCUUCUGUACUCCACUGAGAUUAAUAGAAAUCAAUCGCUCUCUACACGGGAUACAUUCUUUACCUCUCCGUUUCAUCGGCCUAUUUUCAACGAUGAAGCGAAAUGCAAGUUACGUUUUCGCACCGUGCGAGCUGGAGCAGACGUUGAGUGGUCGAUGUCUGUCAUUCAUCCACCAUGGGUAAAAGGAGUCAAACCAUUGAAAAUUUCAUUUGAGGAGGAGGGAAGGAGACUGCAACGUUCUUGGCAUCGAAUAUCCACGAAUAUUGGACCACAGUUAUUUCCUUUCGCUAUUCAAAUCGAAGCCAAUUGGGUGGUGACCUCAUCUGCAACGGGGAACUCUUUUGUGGCAGUUGACGAUAUUUCGUUGAGCGUGGAAUGCUUUGAUGAAGCCGACCAGUUAUCACCUCUUGGGGACUGGACUUCUAUGACGAUCGACACCUGCGGCGCAACCGGCACUCAACGAAUUAAGCGAGGUAAAUGUCUGCAAAGAGGUCACAGAAAAGGACCGUACCAAUUCCUGUUAAUUGAUCAUCAGCAACAAAUAUGGACUGUUCCCGAGACACUUCAUUACAGACUUGUUGCGUGUGGCGCCGAAGGCGGUUCCUUUCCUUCCGAGGACGUUUCCAAUGGUGGAGGAUGCGUAACUGCUGAUCUUGAUUUGGUGAUCGGCAAUAAACUCCACUUUUCAAUUGGCCAAAAAGGAGAAUCGCCAUGUGAUAAUUCCGUCACAACCCCUAUGGAAAAAGAAGUGCGAGAACGAUUAUGCAGCGGAAAAUACGUCGAUAUUUGGCUGAAUUCAUCACAAAUCCAUGGGACAGGUGGGGGUGGUCCGACAACCGUAUCUCUCGAUUCCACUUACAUAAUUGUGGCAGCAGGCGGAGGCGGAACAUACCCAAGAGAGUUCAUAGAUGGUGUGCCGAAAAACCCGGCUGGUGGCCUUUUGAAAUCAAAAUCUUCUGGAAUCUCUGAACGUUUUCAAAUGAAUGCUGGUCAUGGCAUUUCGAUUUCGUCGCCGUCUCAACAACUUUGGUCUUGCGGAGAUUUUCCAAAUUUCGGUGGAAUUGCAGCACCGUGUGACCCGGCUGCAGGAGGAGGAGGAGGAUACCAUGGAGGCUCAGCUCAGAUUCGUAACCACGGCUUGGGAGGGAGCAACUGGAUUGGUGUCAAUGCUUCGUCAUAUCUGCUGGAAGUUGGCGCUCGCAAGGGCGACGGCGUAGUCAUAAUUUACGCGUGUCGACUACAGUGUCCUGCCAAAUCUACCUGCUUCUUCCCGAACCUGGAGUCAGCCGAAGACAUGGGAUGUCUUUGUGAAUAUGGUGAAAUUGUCUCGCCUACCGGUAUUUGCGCCGAUUCAAAAGUGGCUUCACUUCUGUUGCAGCACAAGUUUGCCGUGAUGGUUCUUCUCUUCUGCCUCUCCAUGUGCCUUUUAGGAAUUAUUCAAAUGCUUCGAAAAGCUUACAAGAAACUUCCAACCACAGCAGCAGACCAAAUCAAACUCGUAGUUAUGCAAUCCGACUACAAAGAUGUCGACGUAGGGGAGUCGUACUGGGAUCAGAUUGCGUGCUUACCGUGCCUUCCGUGGAAUGAGAUUAAUAUUGGCAGAGAAAUUGGAACAGGUGCCUUCGGUACAGUACAUGAAGGACGAACAAAAGAUGGGAAAGGUUUUGCAGUGAAGACGAUUUGUAUGAACAAAAGCACAUCUGCCGAAGCACAAAGAGAGUUUGCCUUUGAAGCGCUCUUCAUGCACAAAUUCAACCACCCGAACAUCGUUCGUCUCCACUGGAUUCAAUGGGAACCACCUCGGCUCCGAAUAAUUCUUGAACUUAUGGAAGGUGGAGACUUACGAUCAUUUUUAAGAGAAGCUCGUCCCACUCACGAGAAUAUGAACCCAUUCAAUCUGAACAUUCUUGAGAUAGUUAAUAUUUCUCUGGACAUUGCUAGAGGAUGCGAAGAACUUAACCGGCAGAAGUAUAUCCACAGAGAUCUCGCUGCGCGAAAUUGUCUCCUGACCGAAAAAGGACCGAAUCGAAGGGCAAAAAUUGGCGACUUUGGCAUGGCCAGAGACAUAUACGAAAACAACUACUAUCGAAAAGGUGGUCGUGCAAAGCUCCCUGUUCGCUGGAUGCCUCCUGAAGCAUUUCUGGACGGUUUAUUCACUACACAAACUGAUGUUUGGUCGUUCGGCGUUGUGCUCUGGGAGAUUUCUUCUUUUGGGAUGUUACCAUAUUUCGGUGUUGACAAUUUUGAUGUUAUGGGACUAGUAACAAAUGGGGGACGACUGGACGCUCCCAGUAAUGUCCCUAUCGAGUUGCAAGAGGUGAUGAGGAACUGUUGGAACACCAAGGCUGACGAACGUCCAUCAUUCUCCAAAAUCGUGGCUACUCUAGAAUUGCUCUCUCAGAAAAAAGAACUAGCAAGAAUGCCCAUCUGUUAUCUGAUACCCACCUCACCAACACCCGUGUCACCUUGCCUUGUUGAAUGUUCCACCCCUCUCAUGCAGCCACCAUCUCCCUUCGCUGAUACACCAUGCACUGCUGUCACUGCCCUCAGCCCAUCGAGUCCGGACAGAGCAGGAUUUGGAAUUUCAAUGACCGGAGUUCCUUAUAUCCCGAUCAACAGUGGCGCUCUGCGCGAGGUGUUUCAGGAAAAGUCGGCGCGGAAAGAUGAAGAGCGCAACUCAGAUCUCGAAAAAUUAGUGGAUUCCGAUUCGAACGCUGAUGCUCAUGGUCAAUUUUCAGGAAUUGUUGGAGAAAACAUCGACGACACCAUAGCAAAAGUUAAGCAGGCGCUUUUCGGAAGCCGUGUUCCACCAACACCACCUCCUAGAAGGCCAACAUCUCUGCCUCGUCUUCGAUACAAUUGA